UUUUUCUUUGUUUAUCAAAAACUUCUCUUCUUCUCUCUCGAUUCUAAGGAGGAGGAGAGAGAAAAUGAAGAAGACUAUGGGUUUCUUCACCGUUACUACUGUUCUGAUAAUAAUUUCAACUUUAGCUGUUCAAGUAAGAUCUGAUGGUUCUGAUCACCGUUACAAAGCUAGAGAUACAGUUCCUCUCUAUGCUAACAAGGUCGGCCCAUUCCAUAAUCCCAGUGAAACGUAUCGGUUUUUUGAUCUACCAUUUUGUUCACCAUCUCAUGUAACUGAGAAGAAAGAAGCUCUAGGUGAAGUGUUGAAUGGGGAUCGUUUAGUUAGUGCACCUUAUAAACUCGAUUUCUUAGUUGAGAAGGAAUCAGAAGUUGUAUGUAAGAAGAAAUUAACAAAAGAAGAAGUAAUACAGUUUAGAAAUGCAGUUACAAAAGAUUAUUACUUUCAGAUGUAUUAUGAUGAUCUACCGAUCUGGGGUUUUAUUGGGAAAGUUGAAAAGGAUAGUAAAUCUGAUCCUAGUGAGUUCAAAUAUUAUCUCUAUAAACAUAUUAAUUUUGAAAUCCUAUAUAAUAAAGACAGGGUUAUUGAAAUUAAUGUUAGAACGGAUCCAAAUGCUUUGGUUGAUCUCACUGAGGAUAAACCUGUUGAUGCUGAAUUCAUGUAUACCGUGAAGUGGAAAGAAACCGCUACUCCUUUUGACAAGAGAAUGGAUAAAUAUUCACAAUCUUCUUCUUUACCUCAUCAUUUGGAGAUCCAUUGGUUUUCAAUUAUAAACUCCUGUGUAACUGUUCUUCUUCUUACUGGGUUUCUUGCCACUAUUCUUAUGCGGGUUCUUAAGAAUGAUUUUGUCAAAUAUGCACAUGAUGAGGAAGCAGCAGAUGACCAAGAAGAGACUGGAUGGAAAUACAUUCACGGUGACGUAUUUAGAUACCCUAAGGGGAAGUCUUUGUUUGCUGCGGCUCUUGGUUCGGGCACCCAGCUGUUUGCUCUUACCAUCUUCAUUUUCAUACUUGCUCUUGUUGGAGUAUUUUAUCCAUACAACCGAGGUGCCCUCUUCACUGCUCUUGUCGUGAUAUAUGCACUUACAUCUGGGAUUGCUGGUUACACCGCCACCUCUUUCUAUUGUCAGCUGGAAGGAACAAACUGGGUGAGGAAUCUGUUAUUGACAGGGUGUCUCUUUUGCGGUCCUUUGUUCCUGACCUUCUGCUUCCUCAACACAGUUGCUAUUGCCUAUAGUGCCACUGCUGCACUUCCAUUUGGAACGAUUGUGGUUAUAGUUCUCAUCUGGACUCUAGUAACUUCACCUUUGCUGGUAUUGGGUGGAAUUGCAGGAAAGAACAGCAAGUCUGAGUUUCAAGCGCCUGUUCGCACCACAAAGUAUCCCAGAGAAAUUCCACCAUUGCCUUGGUAUCGCAGUACUAUUCCACAGAUGGCAAUGGCAGGGUUUUUGCCAUUCAGUGCUAUUUACAUUGAGCUAUACUACAUAUUUGCCAGUGUUUGGGGUCACAGAAUUUACACUAUUUACAGCAUCCUCUUCAUUGUCUUUAUCAUUCUCUUAAUUGUCACCGCUUUCAUUACUGUGGCAUUGACAUAUUUCCAACUAGCUGCUGAAGACCAUGAAUGGUGGUGGAGGUCUAUCUUGUGCGGAGGAUCAACUGGCUUAUUUAUUUAUGGUUACUGCUUGUACUACUACUACGCACGAUCAGAUAUGUCAGGUUUCAUGCAAACUUCAUUCUUCUUUGGUUACAUGGCUUGCAUCUGUUACGGUUUCUUUCUCAUGCUCGGCACCAUCGGUUUCCGUGCAUCUUUACUCUUUGUCCGCCACAUAUACCGAUCUAUCAAGUGCGAGUAGACUGGUGUCAUGAAAAGAACGAACAAAAAAAAAAGGUCUGCUUAUCUUGUUACAACAACAGAUAUGGCACUUUUUUUCUUCUUUCUUUUUGUUCUCCAUAUAGGUUGUUUCUGUUAUAGAGAAGGAAGGUUAUAUGAUUUUUGUUAAAGGGUAGUUUGGAAAGGUACCCUCUGAUCUUAGAAAGCAGAAGAGAAUUAGGGUUUUGAAUUAAGAACAUGUUGUCAAUGAGAGGUGAAUAUUAUGUGUUGCCCCAUCAGAAUGUUUAGUUGAUCAUUGUGUAAUCUGGAAAAGACAAACAAGGGGACGGCCCUCUUUGAGAAGAAGAUUUUUUUUUUUUUAUCAUUCUGUAACUGCACUCACUGCAAGACAAUAUUUCUAUUUCUCUUUAUAUGUAGCAUAUACGGCCAUACGGUCUUUCCUUUUAAUUGAUUACCUUUACUUUUA